GUCAUCAGCACGGGACGGAAGUAAGGUCUUGCGGCUUCUACUUCGCUGACUUCUCGGGCGGUUUGGCUUCUGAGUUCGAGUUAGGGAGUAGUGUUCUUUGGAAAGCUGCAGAGCCAACCGAAAAGAGCCUGGGGUCUGACAUCUUGGAGAGCAUUUGUCUGGCAAAGGGCGAGAGCUGUUGACUUGGGGGCUCAGAGGAGGAACGGGGGGUCGGCGUCCUUGAUGAAUGGUAUCUAUGGCUUCGCUUCUAGAACAAGGACCCUAGAAAAAGGAUUCCAAGUUCUCUGGUCGACUUUGAAGACGUUUGUGGGCUUUGUUGUGGUCCGAUUUGUAGCUCUGUCCACCUGACCUGGAAAGUUCAUUGUUUUUAUUUUUAUUAAAGGGAGAAGUAAUGUUAAUCCCUCAGGAAUGUAUUGCGUGAAGCAAUUCAGCCUUCACUUUUACUGCUGGGGAAUGAGAUAUUUAAGUGUAACAUAGCAGCUUACUCGGCAGGAGAAACAUAGGCUAUAUUUUAACGUGGAGCAGAGGGUUUUUUCGGGAUUGCCUUUGCCCACCUUUGCGUUAACCUUUUGGCUGCUGCUUUUUGCAAAGAUGAGCGCCCGUCCUUUCUCCACUCCCUUCGACCGGGAGCGGCGAGUCCGGAGCACCCUGAAGAAAGUCUUUGGGUUUGAUUCUUUUAAAACACCUUUACAAGAGAGUGCGACCAUGGCUGUAGUGAAAGGUGCCGAGGAUGUGUUUGUGUGCAUGCCCACAGGGGCAGGGAAGUCUCUGUGCUAUCAACUCCCUGCCCUGUUGGCCAGUGGGAUCACCAUUGUAGUCUCUCCUCUCAUUGCCUUGAUUCAGGACCAGGUAGACCAUUUGCUGGCCUUGAAGGUACAAGUUAGUUCCCUGAACUCAAAGCUCUCGGUACAGGAGAGGAAGGAGCUGCUGUCUGACCUGGAGCGAGACAAACCUCGGACCAAACUUUUGUACAUCACCCCAGAGAUGGCAGCUUCAGCCUCCUUCCAGCCCACCCUGAAUUCCCUGGUGUCCCGAAACCUGCUCUCCUACUUGGUGGUGGAUGAAGCUCAUUGCGUUUCCCAGUGGGGACAUGACUUCCGUCCUGACUAUUUGCGUCUGGGUGCCCUACGUUCCCGCUUGGCACAUGCCCCGUGCGUGGCUCUGACGGCUACAGCCACCCCACAGGUUCAAGAGGAUGUGUUUGCUGCCCUGCACUUGAAGCAGCCAGUCGCCUCUUUCAAGACUCCCUGUUUCCGGGCCAACCUCUUCUAUGAUGUGCAGUUCAAGGAACUGAUUCCCGACGUCUAUGGCAAUCUGAGGGACUUCUGCCUUAAGGCUCUUGGACAGAAGGCUGAGAACGGGGUGAGGUGCUGGGGUGCGCAGUCCAAAAUGCUGUCUGCAACACAGACACAGCUACUGUUUCCUAGUUGUCUUAGCUGGGAGUUUCUGGUCCCAGAUCCUAGGAUAGGCAGGUAAACAGUCCUCGCAUGUUUAGUAGGCCUACAUAGGCUUUUCAGAGAGGAGAUGGGAAUUAGAAAGGCUGGAUUUUGGAUUUUCGAUUUGGUCUUCCCUCACCUUUUUUUGGAUGCUAGGUCUCACUAUGUAGCCUUGGGUGUUAAGGAACCCCCUAGUUUAGAUCAGUUUGGCUUUGAAAGCAGAGAUCUGCCCUGUCCCUAUUGCUGGGAUUAAAGGCAUACACCAGACUAUGCCAGGAUUGGUCUUGCUUUUUUUUUUUUUUUUUUUUAAGUGAUGAGCCCUGUUGGCUGUCCCGCCUCAGAGAAGACGGAGACAUUGGUGAGAGAGCAUGGAGCUUUUGAAGAGUGCUGUGCUCUAGACUAGAGAAGCUUGUGAACAACUGGCCAUUGAGCUCAGCAGCAGGGGUGUGAACGCCAAGGCUUACCACGCAGGCCUGAAGGCAUCUGAUAGAACACAGGUACAGAACGAGUGGAUGGAGGAGAAGGUCCCUGUAAUUGUUGCGACCAUCAGUUUUGGGAUGGGAGUAGACAAAGCUAAUGUCCGGUUUGUUGCUCAUUGGAAUAUUGCCAAGUCCAUGGCUGGCUACUACCAGGAGUCUGGCCGUGCUGGCAGGGAUGGCAAACCAUCUUGGUGCCGCCUGUAUUACUCUAGGAAUGACCGAGACCAAGUCAGCUUCCUUAUCAGGAAGGAACUAGCCAAACUCCAGGAAAAGAGGGGGAACAAACCGUCUGAUAAGGCCACCCUGCUGGCCUUUGAUGCCCUGGUGACCUUCUGUGAAGAAGUGGGGUGCCGCCAUGCUGCCAUUGCUAAGUACUUUGGGGAUGCACCCCCCGCCUGCGCCAAAGGCUGUGACUACUGCCAGAAUCCUGCAGCCAUAACGAAGAAGCUGGAUGCCCUGGAGCGCAGCAGCAGCUGGAGCAAGACCUGCAUCGGGCCCUCACAGGGGAAUGGCUUCGAUCCUGAGCUGUAUGAGGGAGGCCGCAGGGGCUAUGGUGGCUUCAGCAGGUAUGAUGAAGGUUCUGGAGGUAGCGGUGAUGAGGGCAGAGAUGAGGCCCACAAGCGGGAAUGGAAUCUUUUCUAUCAGAAACAGAUGAGCCUGCGCAAGGGCAAAGAGCCCAAGAUAGAAGAAUUCACGCCCCCAGAUGAAGACUGUCCCCUGAGAGAGGCUUCAAGCAGGAAGAUCCCGAAGCUCACAGUGAAGGCCCGUGAGCACUGCCUGCGACUUCUGGAGGAGGCUCUGAUCAGUAACCAUCAGGCUGCAGGCUCCACUCAUGGAGCUGACCUGCAGGCCAAGGCUGUGGAACUGGAGCAUGAGACAUUCCGGAAUGCCAAGAUGGUCAAUCUGUACAAGGCCAGUGUCCUGAAGAAGGUGGCCGAGAUCCACAAAGCCUCCAAGGAUGGUCAGCUCUAUGACAUGGAAAGCGGCACCAAGAGCUGUGGGGCCGCAGCUGAGUUCUCGGAGCCCAGUGACUAUGACAUCCCGCCAACCUCACAUGUGUACUCGCUCAAACCCAAGAGAGUAGGAGCUGGCUUCUCCAAAGGCCCCUGCUCAUUCCAGACAGCCACAGAACUGUUGGGGAAGUCUCACUCCCAGAAGCAAGCCCCAGAGGCUAUGCUAGAGGGUGGACAGGAGCCCCCAGGCUGGGUCUGUGACCUUCAAGAUGAAGACAGGAGCAAGCCCCACCCUGGGUACCAAGAAAAGGCUCUAGGAAGCAGUGUUAAUUGUGGGGACCCCUCGCCUGAGAAGAAGACGAAAGGGUCUUCCCAGGGCAGUGCCAAAGCUAGAGCCAGCAAGAAACAACAGCUCCUAGCCACAGCAGCCCGCAAGGAUUCCCAGAAUAUCACUCGAUUCCUCUGUCAGAGGACAGAAUCUCCACCUCUCCCUGCUUCAGUUCCAAGAUCAGAAGAUGCCAGCCCCUCCUGUGGGGAUGUCCCAGGGAAGUGCACACAAGAGGUUGGAGCUCAGGGACAUUUGGUUGCUGUAUUUCAGACUGAGGGUCCCAGGGAGAGGCCAAGCACCUGCUCACUCAGAGACCAGAGCUUCCCUGAAGGUCAGCCUAGCCCUCUAAAGGAAACCCAGGCAGAGAAGCGGCCCAGACCACAGCAGGGCAACCCAGAGAGAAGGGCUCAAAAGAGGCUUCGCCCCUCAACCAAGUCCUCCAUCUUGGCUGAGGCCAAGGACAGUACCUUGGCCAGUGAUCGCAGCACUGAAAACAAAGUGGCUCAAGAACCCUGCCAGCUCUCAGCAUCUGGCACCUCCCUGAGGGAGGCCGCAGACAUUGUGGUCAGGCACCUGACCCCCUUCUACAAGGAGGGCAGGUUUAUAUCCAAGGACCUGUUUAAGGGCUUUGCCCGCCACCUCUCACAUUUGCUGGCUCAGCAGCUCUCUCCUGGAAGGAGUGUGAAGGAAGAGGCCCAGAGCCUCAUCAAGCAGUUCUUCCACAAUCGUGCCCGCUGUGAGAGUGAAGCUGACUGGCACAGCCUGCGUGGCCCACAGCGAUGAGUGCAGCUGGCUGGGCAGCCCUCCUUGCCACAGGCACCAGCUUUCUCAGGGUCUUUCUUCCCAUGCCCAAACCUCACUUUGGAGGUGUUACUAGACACCCAAAUGAAGUGGAAGGUCAGAGGUCAGACCACCCUCCCAUUUAAACCCCGCUUCUCCUGCCUUCCUAUCCAGGUCCCUAGAUGAGAAGGUCCAGAUAAUAUGGCCGCUGCCAGGUGGGGGUGGGCUGGGAGAACCAAUGGGCCUCCUGUCUUGUACCUAAGUUCUCUAUCAGGGUGAUGCCCAUUCCAGUCCUCCACUGCCCUCUUCCAGGAGAUGCCAGGCAGUAGGCCUUGUUCUAGCAGAGCUCUCUGGGAGAGAAGCAGCCGUUCUCCAAGCCCUGAGCUCUGCUGGUCGGGAAGGCCAGGCACAAGUGAGCCAUUUGCGAGAAUAAAGUCCUCCGGUGGAGACACAUGCUCACACACAA